CCGUCAGGUUUACAACCAUCGCCAUUAUUCAUACUAUACUUGAUUAUAUGUCCGCUGUGGCAGGAGUGGGGUCAGCGAAGCGUGGGGUCAGCGGAGCGUGGGUCAGCUGUAGGGAUGCGUCCUUCAUGCAUGAAACUGACGUGAAAUGGACAGUUGUCUGCUGGUAUUGCGAAACAUGGUAUUGUAAUACAGGCAUUAGCUGGCCUUACAUGCAGUUGAAACAUUAAGUUGUUAUGCGAAACGAAUCACGAGUGUUACGUAAAUUUAUCUGCAACACACAGGGGCGCUAAGUCUCCGGUUCGACACACAGCGGGAUUUGAAUGGAAACGCAAUAAGCCUGAACAAGGCUAUUUAUGCUAGGGGACAACGGUCAGGGUCUGAACUGUCAGACGCUCCUGGGGCUAGGUGUAGACUACACGGGGUGGAGAUGCUUGAUACAGGCCGCAUCUGGAGACAGGAUUGAUGCUCCCACACUCGGUACAGUACGACCGUGAACAUGGCUGUGUUGGCAGGGUCCGUCCUGGUGAUAGCCCAACUCCUGACUGUGUCCUGUGUUCAAUAUGGCCCUGCGCCCCAGCUGACGGAGAACGGGGUGGCGGUGAACAUCACUGAUGAAGCUGUCACUGACUUGAUGAUCUUCCCUCAUCCGUUACCGUUUUAUAUGUUCAUGUAUCACGGUGCAGUCGCCAACUUCACCUACUCCAUCGUGUGCGACUCCUUCGACAGGUUCUACGAACUGCACAUGUUCACGGAGAAGCCGGACGUGGCGUUCCUGUCCCAGCCGGGAGUCUUCAACCUGACGUGUGAAGACAUGGAGGGGGGCUUCCCCCACCCGCGCGGGGACGCCAUGAUCGUGUCAGGAACAUUUAACAUUUCCUUGCAGUCAGACCUUCUGGGCCGAACCUGGCUCUACAUCGACAGCCCGUCCGUCAACAUCACGUCGGAGAGUAACAGCACCAACGACGGCAGUGAUAAGGAGAUUGGCCACUUCCGGUUGAGGACGAUGAUUACGGUGGUGCGGGCGUUACGUGCAUUGGACACCGUGGUGCAGAUAGUGGCCUACGUCUUCAUCGUCACCAGCACCAUCGGCAUGGGGUGCAGCACGGACCUGGCCGUCAUCAAGGAGGUUCUCAAACGACCCAUCGCUCCCAUCAUCGGAUUCGUCUGCCAGUACCUGGGCAUGCCAUUGAUUGCAUUCGGGGUGGCGAAGCUUGUGAAGUUUGAGAACCCUGCCGUGGGGCUGGGGAUAUUUGCCUGUGGGUUUUGCCCGGGGGGUGGACCAAGCAACAUCUACACUUACCUCCUGGGUGGAGACCUGUCACUAUCAGUUACCAUGACAACCAUCAGCACAAUAGCGGCACUUGGCAUGGUGCCUCUAUGGAUGUUCACGCUGGGCAAGCAGUUCCACGAUGACAAGAUGCAGAUCACCAUCCCGUACCUGAGCAUCGUGCAGACGCUGGCCACGGUCAUCCUCCCCCUGCUGGUCGGCAUCUUCAUCAAGUACAAGUGCCAGAAGCUCGCCGCCAUCAUCAUGAAAGUCAUCAAACCAGUCACCCUCGUCACGGUGGCGCUGCUGCUGGGCUUCGGCAUCUACGCCAACCUGUACAUCUUCCGUCUCUUCAAACCCCCCACCCUCCUGGCUGGGUGCAUGCUUCCCUACAUAGGGUACGUCAUCGGCGGCCUCAUCGCCCUCAUCUGCCGCCAGCCGUGGUAUCGAGUGAAGACCAUCGCCAUAGAGACUGGCAUACAGAACGUCAUGGUCGCCUACCUCAUGCUACUGAUGGCGCUGCCGCCACCAGAUGGCGACCUUGCGGCUGUUGGUCCAGCAGCUUCCGCUUGUAUGACGCCACUUCCGCUCUUCGUGCUCGCAAUUGGCUACACGAUUUAUUUGAAAUGCACCAAUCAGAGUUACGCACAGGUGCAAGGAGGGGACACGGAGAUUGACGCUAACGGGAACGCUAGGCCAGGUGGGAGCACACAGAGGGGGAAAGACAAGGAGAACGGAGUGAAGGCCGACAUGUUGACUAGCGGGGAUAGCCAGGUCGUGGACAAACUGACGGCUGUAUGAGCUUGAGCUCUCAGUGUGGCAUAUUGUUUUGAUUCGGUGGGGAGAAGGAAGCCCCGGGGCCACGGGGCAGCUUCCGUGAUGGUGUCGGACACAUACUAUGUGGGCAACGCAAAAAAAUGUUCUGAAGUGUGGAGAUAUAUGGAUAUUGUUUUGACGACGAUCAUGUAUAUGUAUUAGUAUAACGUGAGGUACACUGCCAAAUUUGGCAUCGUUUAUUGGUCGAAGUCUUCAAGAGUUUGUGAAAAUAAGUGAAAUAAGUAAAACGCAUGCGCAGACAAUCACCACGUGACCCUGUAGACUUGCUAACAUGUAAUAUAAGACUUGGUCUCUGUAGAUAACAGAGGACUCCUUGCUGAUAGUUCUGCCAUGGUAAACACUGUGUUGUCCUUGAUGUAAGUUCUUCAAUGAGAAGCAUAUGUUUCGUUGCUAUUACUUCCGCCACGGUGUGAGAGUAAUAACAUUUUUAAUGAUUUACUGGCUGGUUUCAGGGCUGUUUUCACUGCAGGCAAUAGUUACAAAAUACACUGGUCUGAAAAGAGGCAGAUUUUACAGCCUAUUCAUUGACUUUCCCAAGUUAUUUGACCCUGUAAGAUAUGAUCCUCUCUGGCAUUCAUUAUGUGACGUAUAAAGGGUCAAUCUUUUGAUGUAAUCACAUCAAUGUAUAAUAAUUUAUCUGCUUGUAAAUAGUAACAUAGUGUUUCCCUCGAUGUGAGUUCUACUGUGGGUAACAUGGUGUUUCCCUAGAUGUAAGUUCUACUGUGGGUAACAUAGUGUUUCUCUCCAUGUAAGUUCUACUGUGGGUAACAUGGUGUUUCCCUCUAUGUGAGUUCUACUGUGGGUAACAUAGUGAUUCCCUCGAUGUAAGUUCUACUGUGGGUAACAUGGUGUUUCUCUCGAUGUAAGUUCUACUGUGGGUAACAUGGUGUUUCCCUCGAUGUAAGUUCCACUGUGGGUAACAUGGUGUUUCCCUCGAUGUAAGUUCUACUGUGGGUAACAUGGUGUUUCCCUCGAUGUGAGUUCUACUGUGGGUAACAUGGUGUUUCCCUAGAUGUAAGUUCUACUGUGGGUAACAUAGUGUUUCUCUCCAUGUAAGUUCUACUGUGGGUAACAUGGUGUUUCCCUAUAUGUGAGUUCUACUGUGGGUAACAUAGUGUUUCCCUCGAUGUAAGUUCUACUGUUGGUAACAUGGUGUUUCCCUAGAUGUAAGUUCUACUGUGGGUAACAUGGUGUUUCGCCCGAUGUAAGUUCUACUGUGGGAAACAUGGUGUUACUCUUGCUGUUAGAUCUGCCAUGGGUGACAUAGUGUUACCCUUGCUGUUAGAUCUGCCAUGGGUGACAUAGUAUUACCCUUGCUGUUAGAUCUGCCAUGGGUAAGAUAGUGUUACCCUUGCUGUUAGAUCUGCCAUGGGUGACAUAGUAUUACCCUUGCUGUUAGAUCUGCCAUGGGUAACAUAGUGUUACCCUUUUUGGUAGAUCUGCCAUGGGUGACAUAGUGUUACCCUUGCUGUUAGAUCUGCCAUGGGUGACAUAGUAUUACCCUUGCUGUUAGAUCUGCCAUGGGUAACAUAGUGUUACCCUUUUUGGUAGAUCUGCCAUGGGUGACAUAAUGUUACUCUUGCUGUUAGAUCUGCCAUGGGUGACAUAGUGUUACCCUUGCUGUUAGAUCUGCCAUGGGUGACAUAGUAUUACCCUUGCUGUUAGAUCUGCCAUGGGUAACAUAGUGUUACCCUUGCUGUUAGAUCUGCCAUGGGUGACAUAGUAUUACCCAUGCUGUUAGAUCUGCCAUGGGUAACAUAGUGUUACCCUUGCUGGUAGAUCUGCCAUGGGUAACAUAGUGUUACCCCUGCUGUUAGAUCUGCCAUGGGUGACAUACUAGAUUUGAUGUGACAGCUGAUGUAAAUAUUAUAACCUAAUAUAUGAUACUUUGAAGUACAUAGGAUAUAAGAUACGUUUCUGUACAUGAUAUUUGUCUCAACAUAUCCCUGAAAUGACAUAUAAGUCCGGUCGAUACCGAUCUUGUGUACCCUGUGAUACAGUGAUAUAUAUUACACGUGCAUGUCCCACGGGAUGCACAUUAUAUCCUCCCUAACACGUGAUGCUAUAGGAGAAAUAAAACACUGAUGCAAA